AUGGCUUCUCGAGUGAUUCUUUCGCAUGCAAAGUUUCUGGGUUAUGUCGCUUUUAAUGAACUGAAUUUCGUUCGUUCGUCAGUUUCUUUCGGCUAUCGUUGCGUAAGAAAUGCCAGUUAUGUUAAUUUUUCAAAAAAAUUGACAAGAAAUAACGACUCAAGGGAAAUAACUGCAUCAACAAGUUUGGUACAAAAUGGUGUCAGAAGUUUCAGUUUACAACAUUGGCAUGGUGAGUCGGGGACGUAUAAUGAUUAAUUCUAACACAGUCAUAAAGAGAAAAAAUAACGGUCGAAAAAAUUGGCACGUGGUUUGAAUCAGUGAGAGUUCGGCGAGAAUCAAAAAUGGCAGUUGUGUGUGCUGAUAGUUGAACUAUAUGUUAUUUAUGCACCCUCAGAAUCAAGCUGAAAAACAAAUGCCUUUUGAACCUGCCAUCAGAAUUAGUAACGUUUUUUUUUUUUUUUUUUUUUUUUUAUCAUCUUAAGUUGGAUCUCACGCUUCUUUGCUGAAUGCAUUUUUUUCUUUUUUUUGGAGACAGCUGUCCUUUUACAAUCAGAAUAUUCACAGAUAGCACAAAGAUUUAGUCAAUAAGUGCAGUGUUAGUUAACUAGCUCUAAUUGUUGUGCUGAACUAUUAAAUAAUUAGUUUUCUACUUAUUGUUUCAGGUAUAAGAGCAUCCAAACUCACAGUGGAUAAUAUCAAGGAUUAUGAUGAAAACAUUGGAUGCCCAAUCUGCAGAAGAAACAUUACCUUCACUUAUAAAGUACUCUGAAUUUUGUUACACAGGCAGGGCUAAUGCUUGAAAUGUCAGUUUUGAAACUCUUAAUGGUGGCCAAUUUGCAUUAUCAACUCAGUUGAUAAAACAAAAAUUAUCUUGCUACAUACAUAACCAGUUUGAAUACUGUAUUUAAUUGAUAAAGUGUCUAACCCUAAAUAAGUCCAGCCUCAAAUAAGCACCCCCUAACCCCCAUUAAAAAUGUUUUGUUGCAAAGCAAACUUAUUACUUGCUGAAAUUGUGAAAAUUGAGUAAGUGCCCUCCUUGAUUAACCACACUCUCUUGAGGUCCAAAAUUUAAUAAGCACCCAGGGUGCUCAAUUGAAUAAAUACAGCAUAUCCAAUUUUGAUCUAAGACCUAAUCUAUAACAAACAUCCAUUCUAUUUCUUUUUUUUUAUGACUGUAGAUGAAAGGCAAAAUAAUGUUGAAUGCAAAGGAUCAGCAAAAAUUUGAAGUUUUAAGCUGCAAACUGUAUUAUAACAAUGACUUCAAUUUAAUUCAUUUUGUUACCUCCACAGGAUGUAUUGUUUUUAUCACAGUUCAUGUCUCCAAAAGGUUACAUCCUUAAUCGAAGAGUGACAGGUAAGUUACUAUUGAUACAAAUUUGGUAA